GGAGAGAAAUAGAUGGGUUGGCAUGACUAAUAGCCGUAGCUAAGCUUUUCGGCACUGCAAGUUUCCUCUUUAACCGAACUAUAAAAUUGCCUCAAGAUCCAUAAAUUCAAGUGGUUAAUCUCCUAGGUACGUCUAGAACUGAGCCGUUAACAUAGCCUGCGACAUUGUUCCUUUUUGUCGGAUCGUUAGAUCUAUCUGCGGGGGAAGAAGGGUCUCGCGGAGCUUGACCUGCCUUAUUAGGUCCUGCAUGCGGGAGGAAAUUGCCACCAUGACAGGCAUAGAUAGUACGCAGAUACCUGAUAGGCCUGUGUAUUAUCUACAAAGUGAUUUAUAUACCCUCCAAAAAACGCCACCUGCAAGAUAUUGAUGCUGCGGCCUGAUUUUGAGCGCUAAUGAAAACAAUGCAUAUACGCCGGUUACUGCUAGGGGUUUGCCUCUGUGCCGACGCGGUUUCCGCUGCGACACUGACAUCCGAACCUGGUGAUAUCGCUGUCAUACCAUCGUGGGAUAUUCAAUCCUCUGAAAGAGUCGGCGGGGACCUCGAGACGUUAUCCCAGCCUGGAAUUGACACAAAGACAUGGCACGAAGUCGAUAGUUCUCGUUCUACUCUUAUGGGUGGCCUCACCAAAGCCGGCGUCUAUCGUGAGAAUGGGCUAUUCUUCUCAAAUGCUCUAGAGAGCUUUAAUUCGAGCCAAUUCAAUGUUCCUUGGAUAUACAGGAAGGAAUUUACCCUUAAUCCGAGCCCCGGCCAGCAUUAUCAUCUCCAAACCCACGGAAUAAGUUCCAGCGCCGACAUUUACGUUAAUGGCAAGGAGGUUGUGAACCGUAAGGCCCAGGCAGGUGCUUACGUUGGCACUAUCUUCGAAAUCACCAACUUCACAGAAGAGACGAAUGCUGUCGCAGUGAAGGUUUACCCCACCAAUUACAAUUACGACUUCUCGCUUGGUUUCGUUGACUGGAAUCCCUACCCCCCGGAUAAUGGCACAGGCGUGUGGCGCGAUGUGGAGAUUAAGCAGACUGGAGCGGUGAUCCUAAGCCCUCUUCGGAUAACGACACAAGCCAAUCUACCUGUCGGCCACUCGAGCGCUCUUGUGACCCUCAAAACGACCGUGACUAACCUCGAAGACCACGAUUACGUCGUUCAAUUAGCAGGAAACAUAUCUCUUGAGGGAACAGACCAGAGCUACAAGCUAGGUGAGACGGUCAGAGUACUUCCACGUCAAUCUGUCGAUUUAGUCCUAGAAACGGCGAUAAAUGAACCGGCGGUCUGGUGGCCAAAGCAAUGGGGUGAUCAGCCACUAUACACGGCUCAUCUGACUGCCACUGCCAACAAUUCCUUGUCUGAUAAAGCCGAACGGGCCUUCGGUAUUCGCCAGGUGACCGCGGGGCUCAAUGACUACAAUGACACUUUGUUCUACGUCAAUGGCUACCCCUUCCAGGUCGUCGGCUCCGGCUACUCGGCAGACAUAUUCCUGCGAUGGGACAGCGAGAAGUUCACCUCGCAAGCUAAACUAUUGCUUGACUUGGGUCAAAACACCGUCAGAUUAGAGGGCAAGAAUGAACAUCCUGAAUUAUACGAGAUUGCAGACCGUCUAGGCUUGAUGGUCUUACCAGGCUGGGAAUGCUGCGACAAGUGGGAAGCAUGGUCUUACAACGAGGACCUGGCCGUCAAGUCAGUGUGGACGGCUGCAGAUUACACCAUCGCGAACAAGAGUAUGUACCAUGAAGCUCUCAUGCAACAGAGCCACCCUAGCGUGCUGGGAUACCUUGUUGGAAGCGAUUACUGGCCUGACGACAAAGCUGCGGAGAUGUACUACUACUCUCUCAAAGCGGCAGACUGGCAGAUGCCCAUCGUUGCGUCGGCGUCGGAGAGGGGCUACCCUAAGGUUCUAGGACCCUCGGGAUUGAAAAUGGCAGGACCUUAUGACUGGAUCCCACCCAACUAUUGGACAGAUACCGAACCUGCAGAAGAUCGCUAUGGCGCUGCCUUUGGCUUUGGUUCCGAGCUUGGUGCCGGCGUUGGAACGCCAGAACUUAGUAGCCUGAAAAAAUUCCUGUCGGAAUCAGAUCUAGACGAUCUAUGGAAGAAACCUAACAAGGGACUCUACCACAUGUCCACCAGUGUAUCAUCCUUCUAUAACCGCAAGAUCUAUAACGAAGCUGUCUGGAAGCGUCUUGGCGCGCCUUCUUCGUUGGAUGAUUACCUCCUCAAGGCUCAGAUCACGGACUAUGAAGCGACGAGAGCUCAAUUCGAAGGGUUCGCUUCUCUAUGGAACGCCGAAAGACCUGCGACCGGACAUAUAUACUGGAUGUUGAACAAUGCCUGGCCGAGCUUGCAUUGGAACUUGUUCGACUACUACUUGCAUCCUGCUGGCUCAUACUUCGGAGCGAAGGUUGGUGCUCGGAAAGAGCAUGUCGCGUAUGAUUACAAUGGGAAGCUUGUGUACUUAAUCAACCGUUCGAUUAUCGGGAACAGCUCGAGGACAGUAUCAGUUGAGGCAAUUGACAAGAAUGGCAAGUCAAUUCAUAGCCAGAAGAAAACCGUUCAGACCGAGGCGAACACUAGCAAGCAGAUCCUUGACCUUUCAGAUGCCUUAAAAUCGAUCACCGACGUUGUAUUCCUCCGACUCAUCCUCUCUGACGACGAGGAUAAUGUGCUAAGUCGAAACGUUUACUGGCUGGCCAAGACCAUUGACACCUUGGACUGGGAUAAUUCGGAUUGGUAUUUCACGCCAGUAACCAAAUACGCCAACUUCACAGCACUAAACAGCUUGCCGACCGCUGACGUCUCGGUUGCAUUUGCGACACCGGCAAAACGAGAUGAAUCGAAUGUAGGACAGGCAGUCGUACUCGAAAAUCACUCCUCCGUACCCGCGUUCUUCAUUAGCCUCAACCUCGUCGAUGAUGACGGUGAGGAUGUUCUACCUGUAUUCUGGUCAGAUAAUUACGUCACCCUAUGGCCCAAAGAAAAGCUCGUGCUGCAAGUUGAAGGCGAGGGAGGCGCUUCAGUACAGGUCAGGGGCAAGAACAUUAAGAAGACGGAAGUAUAUCUAUGAUGGAUUGGUGGGAUUUGAAAUGGAAAUGGGAAAAUGGUUAUUAUUCGUAGGGCUUGUAAUAUGAAUUCUUCAGGUGACGGUGGAGCUCGCCAUUCACCCUGUGCCUAUUUUCUAG